AUCAGUUAGUAUUCCAACACAAUAUACGGAUAACAGGAAAACUAUAUUUGAGUUUAUAGAAGCUUUAUUAUUACUACGAAGAAUCUUGAUUGUAGAUUUAUCUUUGCUAUUUAAUUCCAGAACUCAUGAAAGUGAUAAAAGUAGUUCGACAAUAUCUUCACCUCCAUAUAAUUAA